AUGCAUUUGGGUCUAAGCAACAAAGUUUUAGCAUCAAUUUUUCACUUAGAAGAUAAACGCUCGGUGUCUCGUGUGAUUCAUUCUGUGCGAAAAGCAAUGAUGAGUGACUUUGUACAACAUUACCUCGGUUUUCAUCAUAUAAACCGACAAACUGUUAUUGAUCAUCACACGACUGCUAUAGCUAAAGAAUUACUUUUGUAUACACCAAAUCAAUUAGCUCUUGUUAUUGAUAGUACAUAUUUGUACGUGCAAAAAUCGACUAACAAUGAGUUUCAACGACGUUCUUAUUCACUACACAAACAUCGUAAUCUCGUAAAGGUGAGUGGUGAAUCUGAUUUAUUUUCCAGUAAAUAUAAUAAAUUUUCAUCGUUUUUAUUAUAG